AUGGCUGGCACUUGGAAGCUCAGCGGUCUCAUACGCUGCAUGGUAGCCAAAUACGCGGCCCUGAGAGAGUACUUGGCUGAGAAGCAACGACAUCUUCAAGCGAGGUCGCCCACGUCAGCACUUGCGAUAGCAAAGAACCUCCUGGACCCCCAUCCGGGCAGAGUCUCGGGGCCUCUGGUGGGUUUCCUCGAUGGGCACGCGGGUGGUGGCAUCGCUGACAUGUUCUCGAAUGUGCAGAUGCGCGAGCAACAUGCGCAGAAUGCACAGCACAUCGCUUCCCAACCCGACAAGCACUCCCUACACCAACACGGAGCUCCCCACAGUCCAUACGACGCGUCCACGAGCACGCGAAGCACUUGUGAUCCACGCGACACGUCUUCCAACCUGUCCGACACCACCACAGGGUUGUCACCGGAGAGUCCGUCAAACAUAAGCAGCAACACCGUGUCAUCAGCACGACCUGAGACAAUCGUCGACGACACAGCCUCGGAGUUAACAAACACAACACCAGACGACACGGUGGGACUUGAGCACGAGAAGAACACAUCAGACAACCCACCACUCGACGGGCAUCCCAAACCCACCAUCAACUACAGAUGGGAGGGCGACCAGGACACCCCCUACCGGGUCCUCCUACUACUCCCGACCAACGACCAAUACAGCAACACGCCCGCCCUGCUCGCGCGCGCAAGGGACCUCGGCGCGGCGGAGCAGGGUGUGUUCAAGAUCGAGGUCCCGGCCGGGCAUCGGCCCAAGGUCGACGCCGACGACGCCGUCACGGGACGACGCACCCGCCACCACUACCCCGGCCGCAAAUACAGCGCCCACCACCUCGGCAACGGCAUCUACCACCUCGCCCACGAGACCGUCUCGCGGGCCAAGUUCGGGCCGCCGCCCCCUGCCGGCGAUGGGGAGCACGAUGAGCAGCACCGCUGGACUGUGGCCGAGGCUGAUGCGAAUAUGGAGGCGUGUCUGCGGGAGGGCGACGGGGGAUGGGAAGAGAAUGAGAGGAAUGAGAAUGACAGCAGGAAGGACAAGCAGAAACAGAAUGAGAAGCGGAAAGCCAAGCCGAAGAAAACUUCUUCUUCCUCCUCCUCCCGACCCAUCAGCGACCUCGGCGGCGGCGUCUACUACCGCACCGACAUCUCCGCCGCCAGCGCAGGCGAGCACGCCGCGGCGGGCCUCCCGCCCCGCAGCCCCAUCUGGCCGCUCGCAGGCAACCGGCUCGACGACACCAUCGUGCAGGGCAUCGGCGGCAUCCACGGCGCGUACAUGUACGAGGCGGCGGCGCCGCGCGACGGCGCGUACAUGUACGAGGCGGCGGCGCCGCGCGACGGCGACGGCAGGCGGCCGGGGGCCGUGUUCGGGUGGCACAUCGAGGACGUCGGACUGCUGGCCUUCAACUACCUGCACGCCGGCCACAAGGUGUGGAUGUGCGUGUCCGAGGCGCACGCCGCCGCCGCCGAGGCCGAGUUCCGGUCUGUGCUGGAGGAGAACCCGCAUGCGUCGCUGUUCUGCGCGACGGGGUUGCGGGAGAGGGGGGUGCCGGUCGCGUUUGUGGGGCAGGCGACGGGGCAGGUGGUCGUCACGUUUCCGCGGACGAUGCACGCCGGGUUCAGCACGUCGUAUACGCUCGCCGAGGCGGUCAACUACGCGGACGACGACGACGACGACGGCUGGGUUCUGGCCGGGUACCGCGACUGCUCGGCGCGGUGCCACAGCGGACUGCCCAUCAAGUCGGCGUGGUUCCGGAGGCGGCGCCCCGGGGAGGAAUCGCUGUCGAUGGAGGAGUAUGAGGACAGGGUCGGCAAGGGGGGGAGGCGCCGGGGCAGGCUUGGGACGAGCCGGGCGGCGGAGGAGUCAAUCGGCGGCGGCGGAAGAGGGCGGGGCCACAAUUAUGGUGUGCGGUACGCGCUCUUCAUCGUGGCGGUCGAGGAGAAGACGAUGAUCGAUCGUGAAAUGAACACGCGGGAUCGGGCAGGGCGUUGUUGA